AUGCCGCGCGAGGACCACGCCGCCGUGGACGACUGGGCGCGUUGGUUUCGAGCUCGGGCGUUCGGUCGCGUCGUCCUCGUCCGCGUCUUAGUGCUCGGAUUCGCCGUCGUGGCGACGGUUUCAGAGCACUGGUUAGAACCGCGCGCGCCGGGUACGAUGUUCCCGGGCGUCGCGCGAGCCGGUCUGUGGCGCGCGUGCGCGCACUACGCGUCAUCGUCACCCGUAAGAGAUCGAUCGAGCAUCGCUCGGUGGUGGCGCGAGGUCGAGCGCUCGUUCAGAGGCAUCCACGGUCUGGACCAGUUUCCUCCCGAGUGCGUCGGCGCGGAAGCGUUGUACGGGGACGUGUACGAAACAAAUUACUGGCCUUCGAUCACUGGUACGCGAGCGGCGGCUAUCGGAUUCAUCUUUGCAUCGAUCCUUGAGCUCACGGUGUUGGUCUUUUACUUUCUUCGUCGUCGACGAGUGUCCAAAGGUGGUUUUGCCACGGCGUCCAGUGUCUCGUACUCAAUUCUCGCGUGGGUGUGCGCCGUCGCCGCGUGCGUUGUUUACGCCACACUCGUGAGAGAUAUACGCAAAAAUACGCCCGCUUACGUUAAAAACGGCAACGCUGUGUUUACUGACUGGCUUGGUUGGGGUUUUUGGAUGUUUCUCGCGUGUGCGGCGACGCAUACGUUGAUGCUCGCGUGUUCCAUUCGAGACUGGGAUGCGGCUUCUCGAGCGCGGUUUGCCGAGCGAAUGGACCGAUCGGACAACGCAGAGCGAUAA